AAAGACUAGCAACACUAAACUGUAAACCGUUGCGCUUACCUGCUUGUUUGCCAUCUAACAUGUGCAGUAAUGUGCACAAUUCACAACCAAUAUUUCAGCGGUAACUAGGAGUGUUCGAAAGACUUAUGGAGUAAACACCAAAAGGGGGAUCAGGACGUGUCAUUGGAUUUCUCCUUUUAGGAACUUCGUUUCGUGAAGUAAAAUAUACAGUCAAUACAACAACUUUUAACGAUGGCAGAUAAUAUACUCUCUCAAAUGGCAAUGUUUGACUUCAGUGCUCCAAUACAAACCGUAACGAUUUUUGAUGAUGAUAGUGAUGAAGAAAAGUGCUGUUCGUCUUCCAAAAAACAACGUAUCGAUAAGUCUUUAAUAGCAGAAAGUUUCCACCACGAAAUUGAUAUUAUAAAUUCCUCAGAUGAAGAAGUAUAUAUUAAAGAAGAUAUAGAUAUAGAAAAUGAUUGUGUUAUUAAAAAUAAAGAAAAGGACGACAGCGUAACAUCUAAAAAUGUUGAAGAAACUAGUAAAAAUACACAAAAACCCAUUGAUGCAAAAAAAUCUCAACCUAAUGAACAGGAUGUUUUACCAAAGAAUAAAGUACAAAACAAAGAAAGUGUUAAUCUAAAUAAUGUUGAGAAUUUUCAUAUUGACUCACAAAGCACACAUGAUAUAAAUGCAAUACCUGAUGUACAAUACGAACGUAUAUCCCAAAAAUCUAUACCUGAACAAGUAAAUACAGUAACUAGCCUCAAUAACUUCGACCCGACUAACGACAACGAAAUAAUGUCGGCUUACCUUAAAAAAUUAAUAAACAAGGUGUCUGACCACUUGCUUGUGAUUUUAGGAGCAUACCGACACUAUGUUAAUGCGCAUACCACGGGUAAUGCGAUGCUCAUAGAAAAACGCAGGAAACAUUACAUUCAAAUAAAACACCACUUCUUCAAUUUAUCAUCUCUUGUCGUUGAGACUCUGUUUGUCCCACAAGUCCACACACAAUCCAACUUUACAUUUGCUAGAAAUUUUAUAGAAUGUACUAUGAGAAUUGCCAAAGCGAAAUCAAUAGAGUGUUCGUUUGAACAUAUAGAACCGCUUUAUUUCGAAAUGCUUGAAUGGACCAAAGAAAAAUCCAAGUAUUACAACAAUAUAUCUUUAUUUUACUUAACAUCCAAGUUACACAGUACGGUACAAUCGAUUAACAAGAACUUUGAAAUUACAAAACAGAAUGCACAGCAUUUAAAUACGCAGAAUGUAAUUGCAUCUAAAAAUAAAUGUCUUAAUUUUACGACUGGACCACCGAGAGUCGGAGGUGUUUAUACACAAAUUUGUCCCCAUUACCCUACAGUGAGACCAAAUUUAGACUGCAAUACCAAUAAUAUACGAUAUAAUCACGAAAUAACCAAUCAUCCAAACUUCUUCGGGGGUAAUGUUUGCAAUAAUAAUUUGUCGAAUCCUGCUGUCCGAGGAACGUGUUUGCAAAAUGGACAACGUGCGUUUCAAAUCUGUGUCUACUGUCAACAAAUGCAGGGUAACAUGAUGCAACAUGCAGCUUCUACAACGGGCGGAUCACAUACUACUUCAAUGGAUCCUAUUAAUUACAAUGCGGGAUAAAUAUUAUUUAUGUAUACUAAGGAAUAAAAUUUCCACACUGCCAAAGUUACUAAAUAUACCAGUAUACAUAAAGUGGCAACUCUACCGUUAUGAAAAAUAAAGCCUAGAAAUUUAAAAAGUUAUUUACUAUAUUUUUUUUAUUCCAGCUUAAUAAAUUCAUCAUAUUAUUGGU